GUGUCCCUAGUAUACAUAAAUAUUAUAAUAGCAUUCACAAUCUCUCUUGUAGGAUUGCUAAUAUAUCGAUCCCACCUAAUAUCCUCCCUUCUAUGCCUAGAAGGAAUGAUACUGUCCCUAUUCGUUAUAGCUGCUCUAACAAUUCUUAAUUCACACUUCACGCUAGCCAGCAUAAUACCUAUCAUCUUACUGGUCUUCGCAGCCUGCGAAGCGGCACUAGGUCUAUCUCUGCUAGUAAUAGUAUCCAACACAUAUGGUACUGACUAUGUGCAAAAUCUCAACCUACUUAAAUGCUAA